AUGAGCGGCGCUCUUGCCGGCCUUUCCCAGUAUGUCGACUCAGACUCGGAGGCGGACGAGGAAGCAGCGCAGCUAUCGAGAUUAUCGUCAGCCUCCGAAGCGCGACCAGGCAAGUCGGCUGAAGGCGCACCAGUGGGAGCUCCUCCUCUAGGUCGACUCAAGAGAAAGCUGCCGAGCCUCGAGGCCGAUGCGCUAGAGCAAGAUGCCACCUCGUCAACUUCGAGCCUCGCAAGUAGCACUGCCAAGAAGGUCGCAAGAGGAGACUGGCUCUGCUACUGCUUCGUCGAAGUCUUGAUCGACACUCAGCUUAGCAAGUGCGUCAGAGAAGCCCACGACUAUCUGCAGCAACAGCUAGGAUCGGAUGACACGCUGCUCGAUCUGACACAGGAUCGUGUACGCGACAACGAUGAGGAUCGAGCGUCAGACUCUUCGUCAGGACCAGAACAUCUUCACAUCUCGCUGACUCGGCCACUCACGGUGCGCAGCUAUGAGCGUGACGAGUUCGUCAAGGUGGCCACGGCAGAGGUGAAGCGGCUCAAGGCGAGCCUGAGGAGCUUUGCAUUCUCAUUCUCGAGACUCGCCCAUCUGGCAAACGACGACGCUUCGCGGCACUUUAUGGUGCUCGAGGUCGGAUCAGGGCGCGAACAGCUGCACACGCUUUCGACAGCGCUCAGCGCCGAGCUGCGCCGCGCCUUCCGCGCCAAGUCGUACUACGACGAAGCUCGGUUUCACGCCAGCACCACCUGCCUUAUCACACCGCCUUCUAGUUCGGGCUCUGACCGGGACGAAUCCGUAGAGACACUCGGUUCGCGUUUCGGCGCACUAGUGGACAGAGUGGAAGUUAGGUGCGGGUCACAGCUGCGUAAAUGCCCGCCUGUCUGGGCCGGGCGCAUCGGCGUUCAGGUCGCCAAUAGAGUCACGUAUGUGGAUCUCUGA